GCAUAGUUGGAAUACAGAGCCCCAAAGGAUCAGAGUGCAGUCUGAAUUCUCUUCCUCUUUCUGACACACAGCCCCCUCCUGGAAUUAACACAGCUCCUGAGUGCCCUUCCAUCCUGACUUUCCUCUGCACCAGCUUGCUUCUCAGUUGACUUUGACUCAUGGAACCAACUGGGAAUUGGGACAAGCUCCCAACCAAUGACAGCAUCAACGAGAUCGUCCUCAAGAACAGCUCCAAUUCCAGCUCUCAGUUUACGGGAGUCCAGUUGAUCCAGUCCUUCAAACCCCUCAUCAUCCCCUGCUACGCCCUGGUGGUGCUGAUCGGCAUCUUCGGCAACUAUCUUCUCCUCUAUGUCAUCUGUAGGACCAAGAAGAUGCACAAUGUCACCAACUUCUUCAUCGGGAAUUUGGCUUUUUCAGACAUGCUGAUGUGUGCGACAUGUGUUCCUUUUACCCUGGCCUAUGCCUUCAACCCACAGGGCUGGAUCUUUGGGAAGUUCUUGUGUUACUUCGUGUUCCUAAUGCAGCCUAUGACAGUCUAUGUGUCUGUCUUCACCCUCACAGCGAUUGCUGUAGACAGGUACUAUGCCACGGUUCACCCACUGAAGAAACGCAUCUCGGUCACCACCUGUGUGUAUGUGGUAGGUGGAAUCUGGUUGCUAUCCUGCGCACUGGUGGCCCCCGCCAUCACCCACACCUAUCACGUGGAGUUCCAGAAGGAAGGAUUUGCCAUCUGUGAGGAGUUCUGGAUGGAGAAGGAAAAGGAGCGCCUGGCCUAUGCCUACAGCACCCUGAUCAUCACCUACAUCCUGCCCCUCUCAGCUGUCUCCCUCGCAUACAUCUGCAUCACAGUCAAGCUGAAGAACCGCGUGGUGCCCGGUCACCCAACGCAAAGCCAGGCAGAGUUUGACCGGGUGAGGAAGAGGAAGAUCUUCCGCCUCAUUGUGCUGGUGGUGGCUGCCUUUGGGAUCUGCUGGCUCCCCAUCCACGUCUUCAACAUCAUUCGUGACAUAGACAUCAAUCUCAUCAACAAGCACUACUUCCUGCUCAUCCAGCUGCUCUGCCACUGGUUCGCCAUGAGCUCCUCCUGCUGCAACCCCUUCCUCUACGCCUGGCUGCAUGACCGCUUCCGCAGUGAGCUGAAGAAGAUGUUCACCUUCAAGCAGAAAAUCAUCCCCACCAAUAACUGCGUAGCCGUGAGUGUGAUGCUCUGAGGCCCAGAAUCUGGGUUCUCUGCUUUCUGAUGGUCUCGCAUUUCUCUCACCCUUUGCAUCCCACACUGAUACACAGAAGAAUCAGCACACCCACCUCCUGAAAUGCAGGCUCCUCGCAGGUGGAAGGCUGUGACUAUUUAAGAGAAGUGAAUAAUGCUGUAUUCCACCGCAAUUGCAAUGGGAGUUUGGGAUUUUAAAUUACAGAAUUACAAUAUGCCCCAGCUCUUGCAAAAAGUGCCACCAGGUCUUUAAUAUGUGCAAAUCAUGGGGUCCUCAGGUUUCUGCCUCAUCUGCGCCAGCAGUGUCAUGUCCUUUAGAACGUGAUGAAGCUCAAUACUCGCUCAGAGGAAAGAGCACAGGGUAUCUCCCACAUCUGCAUGGUCCCCAGAUGUCACCCAUCCAAGAACUGAACUUUAAGAACCAGAGUGCUUUUUUAUCCAAAGCACAAUCAGCCUGGGGAACGCACCAACAUAAGGCAUCUUUGAGGUACAGACCAUAGCAGAUUUCAGAAUAAGGAUACCCAGAACACUAGACAGGACCAAAAUAUCAAAGGGAUACACACCAUCAUGCGUAAGCCAAGCACUAACUGCAGAGGGUCAGGAAGACAUUUUCCCAGGGACACUGUACUACAUAACUGUCCAUUGUGGGGGUUUACACUUUCCUCAGAACCUUCUAGUAUUGUCCACUGUGGCAGACAAGAUUGUGAACUAGUUGGAUCUCAGGUCUGGUCCGGUCUGGCAGUUCCUAUGUUUGUACAGUCUGCUUGCCAUGUUGGAUAUGAUACCAUCACAGCACAAAGCAGCAUGACUUCAGGGCAAUAGCCUGGGGAAAAGUGGAUUUGUGUCUAAUGGUGAUGGGAGAGUGGGUGUAUGUGAACAAAUACUGCACCAUAUUCAGCCCUGCAUAAAUUGGUGCACAACCCCCACCUCUCCUGAUUAAGUUAAAUAGGAAUUGAACUGCUCCUCCAUUCAGUGGGGGUGAAAGACUGACUUAUUGUGCAUAUUUCUUUCUUUCUUUCUUUCUUUCUUUCUUUCUUUCUUUCUUUCUUUCUUUCUUUCUUUCUUUCUUUAAACAGAAGAACGAUUUGGUUGGCCACUGAAGGGGCUGCUUAAGUCAAACAGAAGCUUGGGACAGUGAAGUAUAUGUACCAGUGUUUGGGGUUGCAAUGUAACUUUGUCAAAGCAUUCCUGUGUCUAAUACAAAACUCUUUCUUGCAUAUCUCAGAAUGAGUUUUGUUGGCUGGAAUCUGUAAUAGUACAAUAAAUAUAAAGGAAUAACUACUUCAAGAUUCCUCUCUCAAACACUGAGGUUAGAGGCAAUUUUCUUUUCCAAAGUGCAGAUGCUGCAGCCCUGAUGCCUGCUGGGAACAGAACUGCAGUGAGUGAGAUCCGAGUGAUGUGUAAUUGACAUGAUUCUAAUGAUUUCAUCCCUCACCUGCUGUUCGCUGAGCCGAUGUGUUUGAUGCCUAAUAAAGCAGUGCCAGAGACUUGAGAUUCUUUUUUCUCAUGACGACUCCAUCAAAGAGAGGGUUGUUUUCAUCCAGACAUCAGUGGAUCUGGAUAUGGGGGAGGAUGUUUCCCAAUGGCUAUAGAACAGGACGAACAGUUAGGACUCCUGGAUUCUGUUCCCAGCUUUGCUGCUGUGUGGCCUUGGCCUUGUCACUGCACCUCUCUGGGCCUCAGAUGUGGCUACUAAGGCUGCCCUAGCUCACAGGAGGGUUACAUUGGGGAUAUGAGUUUCCAGCUAUGGGGAAAUGUUUAUGCAAUGAGUGAGGAAGGAGAUGGUGUGUGUGUGUUUCUGUGUGUGUGAGAAAAGCCUCUUAUGUAGUCACUGUUCCAUUUCUUUCUCACUCUUUCCCUCUCCUCUUCCUGUCCCUUUGGCCCAGGGCCCAGUGAGGUUUAGCAGGUCCUUGACCCAGAUUUCCCACCUGCCCACCUUCUCUCUGCUCCUAGCCACAUUCAGAGGCUGGCCUGGAAAGAGUUUCACUACUUCACCCCAUUGCCCCUCUCCAGCCCUUAGUGCAGCUGUGGGAUUUUGGGGCAGGGAGGUAGAUUGGUACCUUGGGGAUUUUGUGAUUUUCUGUUGUGGCCUCUCUCCUUUGUGGAAUCAGCUCUGAUAAUCCCCUCUGACAAAGGGAUGCAGCAGGCUGACACUCAUGUCACCCAGCCAAAGAGCACUGUGCCACUGCCCUGUCACCCAGCUACCUAACAGCUAAUCAUCUACCACCCAUAAAAGACAAACACUGGCCUCAGAGAGCUCCCUGUUGAGGGACUCCACUUUAGCCCCUGCAACGCCAGGCCCAAUGGGUGCUCAGUAGCAGCACCCUAAGGUGCAUUGCCCGGAGUGUGUUCUGUAGGGUCCCAAAAUGCGACCCCUUGUUGCCCCACUCUGUGUAACUUCAGGGGGAAGUCUGGGGAGAUCAGCUGCAGAUUUCUACAGUUGUGAUGUGAUAAAGCCAAGCUGAUGUGGUGGCUGUGCUGUAUGCAUCUAUUUUGAUUGGAUAAAUACAUAUGCAGAGUUGAUGUGGCCCACAGGACCCUGACAAGAUGCCAGCAUGGAUCUCAGUGUCAGUCACGAUUUGGGCAGAUCGAAUUCCUUCAGGCUUGUGCCAGCCUGUAGGAUACUGGCAAGGAUGCAGCAGAAUUAGGGUGACCAGACAGCAAACGUGUUAUAAGAAAAAGACCCCAAAAUCGGGAUUGUCCCUAUAAAAUCAGGACAUCUGGUCACCCUAAGCAGAAUCAAUGUGUUUCUCACAUACUUCAUUUCCCAUUUAUGAAGAGGAGGAGGAAGCAGAAGAAAGAGGAGGGAGGGAGGAAAAGAAGCCAAAGA